UUACAUUCUUAUCCCACCCCAUCCGCAACAAUAACCAACUAUGUGUGAUGAAGCAAUCCUCAAUCCUCUAUGAGAACGCCUCGCAAACCGUUUUCCUCAUCGACAUCCCUACCUCCAUCACACUAGCUCAAUAUCUCUCCCGAACACAACAACUACGUUUUUCACAACCAGAACCAUUAACAACUACCACUACAUCUACCAAAGAAAGACAAAUACUAUCCACACCACCACUAAGGGAACCAUACCGCUCACCCCCUGAACCCAAAACAGAUGCCGCAAGGAUAAGGCUUCUGGAGAGGAUUCCCCUCGUUGAGCGGGAGUAUCAUGCAAAUUUGAUUGCGCCGGUAAGGGAUGGGUUGGAUGAGAUUCGGGGAUGCUACGACAAGGAGUGGUGUCUUGAGAGAGUUACCGUUGAUUCUGGGGAAGAGUCUCGGAAAAGGUCGUUCGAGGAUGUGCAUGGUGACUAUGACAGCUAUGGUUAUGGGUCUGAAGCAGUUGGUUCUCAACCACCCGUGAUCCUAUCGCCAACCUGCACAAACCACUUCUUGUCAAUGACUGAGCUUUCCAAUGCCAUUGUCAAGAAUCCAUCGCAACAAUCGGCAUCACUAGUUAUCCCGGGAGAAUCUCCAGCAAAGCCACACAUCUUCACCGUCCCAGCACUAUCCAACUUUCUCCAUUGCGCACUAUCAACCUCCCAACCCAACUCAGCACAACACCUAAUCCCAGGCCUCUCCAAAUCCCACAAAUUCAACCUAAUUCUUCUAGACCCGCCAUGGCCGAACCGAUCCGUCCGCCGGAGUCGUCACUACAACACGCAGGCGUAUUUCGACAUGGAUGGUCUUUCCGGGUUUAUUCGCAAUAUUCUGCGGAUGCAUUUACUCAACCCAUCCACCUACCUUCCUCCGGAGACAGAAACGCGAAAGCAGAGUAAAGAAUGCAUAGCAGCGAUCUGGAUAACCAACGCAGAAAAACCCCGGAAAGCAGCUUACGACGCUAUUUAUGAUGCGGGGCUUGUUGUUUGCGAGGAAUGGGUGUGGGUUAAGACGACUGCAAGCGGAGAGCCGAUUAUGCCUGUUGAUGGGCUUUGGCGGAAGCCGUAUGAGGUUCUUGUUAUUGGGAGGAAGGGUGGUCUUGAGGAAGUGGGUUGGAAUGGGGGGGUUGUUAGGAUUAUUGCGGCGGUGCCAGAUGUGCAUUCGAGGAAGCCGAAUUUGAGGGAGGUACUUGAGAGGAUGCUCUUUGGGGAUUGUGAGUAUGAGGCGUUGGAAGUGUUUGCGAGGAAUUUGACGGCAGGGUGGUGGGGUGUUGGGAAUGAGGUACUCAAGUUUAAUGACGAGGAGUGGUGGGCUCUUGAAUAACAAUGUACUUUAUAAUCUUUUCACGUCUGCCCUUGGUAUCAAGCUGCUACCAUCCUCCAGAAUCAAGCUCAAUCAAAAACAGGGCCCAAGCUAACC